AUGUCUAUCAGUGCUGGAAGUUACAGAUACAUGAAAGAUCUGAAGGCAGAGAAGCCUAAUGAGAUGGUUACAAAUGGUGUUCUUUCAAGCCUUCAGAAUUUCCUACGCAAGUGCCUCAUAGCUAUCCUCUCAUAUGGCCCAAUGCCGAAGCACAUUGCAUUUAUUAUGGAUGGUAAUCGUCGAUAUGCUAAAUUCAGAAGCAUGCAACAAGGAGCUGGUCACAGGAUGGGUUUCUCUGCUCUUAUUGCAAGUCUGCUGUACUGCUAUGAAAUGGGUGUGAAGUACAUCACUGUUUACGCAUUCAGCAUUGACAAUUUUAAAAGGGACCCAAGUGAGGUGGAAACCUUGAUGCAGUUAAUGGAGGAAAAAAUCAAUGAACUAUUAGAGAACCGAAGUGUAAUCAACAAGAUUAACUGUAAGAUCAACUUUUGGGGCAACUUGGACUUGUUAUGUGAGCCGGUGAGGUUGGCGGCUCAGAAGCUGAUGGCGAGCACAGCUGGAAACACAGGGCUGGUCUUUUCUGUCUGCAUGCCAUACAACUCGACUUCUGAGAUUGUCAAUGCUGUCAGUGAAGUCUGUGCAGAAAGGAAGGAACUGUUGCAGAGUGAACAUGCUGGCGACUGUAAUGGCCACGCUGCAAAUAACGGUGUGCAUUCAGAGAUUUCAGUGGCGGAUUUGGAUCGCCACAUGUAUAGCACUGGCUGCCCAGAUCCUGAUAUCGUCAUCCGAACUUCAGGCGAGACUCGACUGAGCAAUUUCCUCUUGUGGCAAACAACGUUUAGUCACUUGCAGAAUCCAGAUCCUCUGUGGCCCGAGUUCUCUUUCAGGCACCUUGUUUGGGCUAUAUUACAGUAUCAGAGAGCUUACCCUUACCUAGAGCAGAACAGAAAGCUGGCUAAGAAGCAGUUGUGA